AACAGCCGAAUUUCAAACUUGUAAGUAUUGUGUGUCUACAUUUUUUUGGACAAUGCUGGACUUACUUUGUUUUGGUCAUAGUGCUCUUUAAAAAAAAAAAAAAAAUACAAAUGUUUUUGUUCCCAAUUUCCAUGAAUUAAAGUAAAAGAUGUAAGAUUUCCUAUGUUGUAAACAAAAGGCUUAUUUCUUUAAAAUGUGUUAAAAUCUGUAUUAGUGAAAACGACACCUUUACUGCAGUAAUCCAUCCACCUGCCAGUCAAAUCAGAGAUGGGUUGUUAUAUGACAUGGACUCUGCUUCUUUUUGGAUGGAGCCUCAGCUCCUGCUCUCAGUUUCCCCCACGUCAGUACUUCUACAUAAACAAGAACAUGACCUGGUUCCAGGCUCAGAACUACUGCAGACAGCAUUACACAGACCUGGCAACUUUUGAAAGCCAUGAUGAUAUAAGCAUGCUAGAACCUACGUUUUCCUAUUCUUCGGCAUGGAUCGGACUGUUUGAUGACCCCAAAUCCUGGAAGGAAAACCUUGGAAAUGACCACAACUCCUGGAGAUGGUCAGUGACUGGUGAAACAGGCAAAACUAAUUUUUCGACUUGGGCUAGCAGAGAGCCCAGUUUUUGGAACGCACAAGAAGCCUGUGUAUUCAUGAAUACUUAUGGAACUUGGGUAGACACUGCCUGCACUACAACUUUGACUUUUGUUUGUUACACUGUCACAUACCAAAGGGAGAAAGUCUAUCAUUUCAUCCCGACUAUGAAAUCAUGGAAUUCUGCUCAGCAAUACUGCAGAGAAAACUUCAUAGAACUCGCUAUGAUUGAGAACGCUGAAGAAAACGCGAAGGUCUUUUCAAAAAUUGGUGGUCAGACAUCUUGGAUUGGUCUGUACCAAGUGCCAUGGACAUGGUCUGACAGGUCUCACAGUUCCUUCAAGAACUGGAUUGACGGUGAACCAACUAACUCGUACUUGACCGAACACUGUGUGUCGGAGCAGUGGCCUCAUCAUAAGUGGAAUGACGCGCCCUGUUCCAUGAUGUGGCCUUUCAUUUGUCAUCAAGUUACAAGACUGAAGACCACGGUGGGGAUGCAGAUUAAGACUGAUGCAGAUCUAACAGAUCAAGCUGUUAUUGAACAGAUUCUCCAGCAGAUCAGUACAAGGCUGACACACCUGGGAUGGACAGACUUCAAGCUUGAGUGGAAGACUCUACCCUCAAACCAGACGUACACCUGAGUGGACGAUCUUUAGCUGAUCUCCAAACCAGCCUAGAACCUUUGUAUCUGCUUCUGAAUGAUUUUGUCUGUUACGACCUUAGUGCUUGUGUGGUGCAUCUGUGUGGUUGUGUCUGUUCUGUCCCCAGAUUGAUUCUCUUGGGUUAGUAAUCAGUGGAGGGGAAUAAAAGGAGGGUGAAACGCCUCUCCGGCCUCUCUUGGUGAGCUGAGCUGCUGCAGUUUCUGUAGAAAGGAGGGUGUUUUUAGCAGGGCAUUUACCUUGCUGUAGUGUGUAGUAUGUUUUCUCCUUCCCGUGGUCAUGUGUAGUAACCUGGUUCUUUUGUUCCUUUUUGUUUGGAGACCAGCGUUUUAAGUGUAUUUAACAUUAACAUUACCCGUAUUUACUUAAUAAAAUAAAAUAAAGUAACACCUUUUUUUUUUUAAUCCUUAACUGCCUCUGUUGCCCUUUUUUUUCCC